AUGAAAUUUAAAUUACUUCAAGCAUUGUCAAACUUAAAGUAUGUCCAAACCAGCGGGAACUCCAUCAUUUUUGAAUUUAAAAAGCUAAUCCAUAUAAAGAUCGAUUUUAGUAACUUGAAUGACUCGAAUAAUAUUACCUAUAGUCUUGUUGAUCGAGAACUGUCAUUUCCACCCUUCUACAAUUGGUUUUUAUUGAACAACUUUGUUUUGAAACUACCUUAUACCGUUCCUUCUACCACUGUGUUGGAGAACUUCAGCAAUUUCAAGAAAUACUGGCAGGGCUUCUCGAACUUGGAUUAUGACAUCUACAAAAUCUCCUUGAAAUUACCCGUUAAAAUCCUUGAUGACAACGAUGAUGAUGUGAUCCGUUUCUCCAUUAGGUAUUACUCCUCUAAACAUGGCUUCAAGAUAUUGCUAAACGUAGCAGUCAAUUUACCUGAUUUGAUAGAAUACCCGAAAAAGGUAUCGAUAUCUGGCGAAAUUGUCAGAUCUACAUCUGAGUUGGAGAGCAAAUUUAUCCUUGAUAAUCUCAUCAAAGACACUGUUAAAAAUGGUUUGCUCACGGAAGAAACAUACAUCAGUCUUUCCCCGUAA